AUGUCAAAAUCCUCAAUUGUACUUCCCCGCCCCUGGGCAACAGCAGCCGGGAAGGGCACAAAAUCGAUCCCAGCACCCUCAGAAGCGGCCUUUACAGCCAUCUUCGGCACUAUACUCCCACCGGCAUCAUACCUCCAGACUCCUCACGGCAAAGCCGCUUACUACACUAUCCCACCAUCAACAGCAUCGCCCAUCAACCAUACAAACCCCAUAUCCCGCAUCCUCCUCAUUCACGGCGUCCAGACAUGUGCAAUCGGCCUGCAGCCUUUAGCCAUCGCUCUCUCCUCGCGCUUCCCAGGUGCACAGAUCGUGCUGUUUGAUCUCUGGGGCCACGGCCUCACAGACACCCCGAUCGCACCUCACGAGCCGGCACUCUUUCACGCAUUGAUAAAAGCGUUGAUGGCGAAGCUGGAGUGGGAGAGGGCGCACUUCCUCGGCUAUUCGUUUGGUGGCUCCACGACAGCAUCAUUUGCGGCUCUGUGUCCCGAAAUGGUCGCAUCGAUGGUUUUGCUUGCUCCGGCUGGACUCUGGCGAUUGGAAUUGGAUGAGGUGCAGGCGAGGUACAUGACUGGUGGUGAUGAGGAGUUGGAAGAGGCGGCUCGAACGUGGAUUGUGCAAACGUUGGAGGGAGGCGAGCUAGUCGUUCCCGCAGACUGGAAAGAGAGAGUCGCAAGAGGCGAGGUGGUUGCUGAGGCUGUGAGGGACUGGGAAAUGAGGGUACACGAGGGGCAUGCGGCGAGCGUGGUGGGUAUUUUCAGAGAUGGCGGUGUGAGGGGCAAGGAGGCUGAAUUCGCAGAAGCGGCGAAGAGGGGGACUAGGAGUUUGUGUAUUCUGGGAGAGCUGGAUGAUUUGUGUACAGAGCAGGACUUGAACGAUGUUGGUUUCCUGAAUGUGAAGGUUGUUCCACAAGUGGGACAUGGAAUCCCAAGGCAAAAAGUGCAGGAGGUUGCGAAACUCGUGGAGGCUUUCUGGAAUGAGAUCUCGUAA